AUGCAGAGAAAUCGGUACCAUAAAUAUGAUGUCAGAGACAGACCGAAAGCUUGGCGAGGGGAAGAGAAACACGGUAGAGAACUAUCUUCACACAGCAGAGAAACCGAAGAAGACUGCAACGAUUUUGAAACUUAUUCCUAUGUAUAUAAAAGCCAAAGUUACUUGAGAUCCCCGUACGGAGACACGCGCUCAAGAUUGAAAUCGCCUUCGAAACGGUACUCUCCUGAAAGAUCAGUUACUCAAAAAAGGUACCAUGAGUCAAGGCAGUCAAAUCAAAGGGACCGCCAUCGAGACAGAGCUUUACUAAAUUUAGCUGCAACGAAGAUUCAAGCUGCUUUUAGAGGUUAUAUGACAAGAAAGGAAUUUUGGCGUCAAAGGGAACGGUAUCGAGGAUUACAAAGUCAAGCCCAUUCUGCUCAUUAUAGGCAAGAUGAAUACAGUCUUCCCAGUAUGACAUCUAUCGUAGAUAAUAGUAGUGUUUCAGCUUUGGCUGCAAACGCUGACCCAAAUUUGGGUCUAACCACGCCACUAACGCCCAUUGAUAGCUCGCAGAGAAAUCACAUAUUAAGAGAUCUUAAAUCCAAACUGACUUUUUCGGAUGAAAUGCCAACUGCUAGUCAACUACAAUCAGAACACUCUCCAACUAUAAUUAUUCUUGGUGGAAUAAAUCCCCACAAAGCUGGAGAUCAUUUUCUAGGAUCAUCUAUGUUUGUUUACAACGUUCAAAAAGAUCGGUGGUUAUUCGCAGGAACGAUGCCAGAAACUCGAAAUUAUCACGGAGCUGCUUUUUUAAAUGGAAAAAUUUAUAUUACUGGUGGUUACAGUCCUCUGCAUGUUCACCACGGGCAAAUGGUAUCAACUCAAACUACGUUCCAACUUACAGUCCGGUCUAAGCGAUGGAGACGGAGAGCGGAUAUGCACCAAGCUAGAGCAUGCCACGGAACAUGCGUUAUUGAAGAGAACAUCAUGGUUUUGGGCGGCAGAGACAGCUCAGGGAAAAUUCUGUCAGCAGUGGAAAUUUACUAUCCCAAAAGAGAUCAGUGGAGCUUGGUGAAACCAAUGCCAGAAGCUAUUAUGGGAAUGGCUUGUGCAGUUAUGGAUGGCUGCGUCUGGGUGAUUGGUGGAAUCGUUCACGACGGACAUUCAACGAGAUAUUCUGUAUCCAACCGUGUAUAUACCUUUGAUGUAGAGCAACAAAAUUGGUAUCAUAAGGUAUCUCUUCCUGAACCCCGAGCUUAUGCCUGUGCUGCAAGUCUGAAACGAGAAAUCUGGUUGUGGUGUGGAGUUAAAGAAGCAUUAAGCGAUGAUGGCUAUCUGACAAGCACCAAUACUGUGUUUGUUUUUAAUCCUGAAAUAGGUAAAUGGGAGCAUCAUUCUGCGAUUGGAACAGCGAAACAUGCCGCAGCUCUAGCGAAAUUUGGAAGGCGAGUGUAUCUACUGGGUGGGAUGAGCAACGUCUCUGGAUCCAAGGAAGUGCUGAUGGAGAAUGACUACUACAACAGGGAGAAUGACAGAUAUUCAGAAGGUGCACCUAUACCACUUCCAGUCACAGGAGCAGCUGCGACGGCCUUGCCAAUUGACUACAUUGCUACAAGUGAUCCGAAAUGGAAUGUCGAUAAUUUAAAUGAUUCAGUACUGAAUGAAGCAGCCACGAAAAUACAGUCUGCUUACCGUGGCUAUCGGGCAAGAAGUUUAAUCUCUACUAACAAAUUUCCCAUUCACUCUUCCAAUUCAGACGAUUUACAAAAAUUACGAUGCUACCAUCUCUCCGAAUCUCCUCACGACAAAUGGAAAUUAUUUCAAAGAGUUCAAAUUGAUGAUUGGCCACCAAUGCCAGAUCCCAAAAACUUGCCAUCUGAAUUGGAUGUCCGAUUGGGAACUCUUCCAAAGGGUUACACUGUUACAGCUGCAAAUUCUGGCGGUAGAACUAAAGUCAGGCGAUACGUACCACUACCGGAACAUGUCGAUCCAAACUUAGGAAUGUGUGGACAUAUCUGUAAUGUCUAUAAAAAAACAAAAAAAAUCUUAGGACUCCGUAAAGUGGAACAUUUACCAUCCUUUGCCAGAGAUAUGCUAACUGUCACGACUUUGCAAGACGAUUCUUUGCCUGUUGUUCUUGUGAUGGGAGGCUUACAACCGAAAGAACCAGUCAACUUAUCUUACGGUAAACUUAUCAUGAGAUACAGUCCCCUGAAAAAUAGGUGGGAAUACUUUGGUGUCUUACCAGAGCCAAGAAAUUACCACGCUGCUGUAUAUUAUCGAGAAAAUAUUUAUGUUACAGGCGGAUGCGAUCCAGAUAAACGAAACAGUGGGGAGAUGGUCGCAACAAACACCACUUACGUCUUGAAUAUUCAUUCCAGCGAAUGGGUACAAAAGUCUGAAAUGCAGUGUACCAGAUCACAUCAUGGUCUAGUUGCCUUUCAAGGAAAACUGUUUGCAAUUGGCGGUAGGGAUCACAAUGGCAGAUUAGUUGCAUCUAUCGAAGCUUACGACAUUGAAAAUGAUAAAUGGACUUUAAAAAGAGCUAUGGCACAGCCUCGUAUGGGCAUGGCAUGCGCAGUAUAUCAGGACAGCAUCUGGUGCAUAGGAGGCGUUGGACUAUCCGACGAUUCAGAAGCACUUUCGUAUCCAGUUUUGUCAAGCGUCCUCUCCUAUGACGUGGCAAAAGACUCAUGGCUCUCCCGUCCACCACUACGAUGUCCGAGGGCAUAUGCGUCGUGCGUUGUUGUCAAUAACACCAUGUGGCUUCUGGGUGGCGCUUCGAAAGAUCGUGCCAACAAUGCCUUGAUCAGCAUGGCGUCCGUCGACAAAUACUACCCUGAGGAAGCUCAGUGGAUGAGAAGAACACUACUGAACAUUCCAAGACACUCUGCAGCGGUUGUUGCUGUUGAGAGUUGUGUGUAUGUGUUCGGAGGUGUGAGUAGUCAAGAAUGGAGUGCAGUAGCUAAAAACGAAAUGGUUGUCAUCAACGACAUCAGUCUUCAUGGUUGCAGUCCCCUUCCGUUACCUCUCACAGGACUAGCAGCAGUGUGCGUCCCACCUGUUUCACCAUCCCUUCGAGCGGAAAGUAUAGCUAUGCUCCUGCAUGCACAAUUGACUUUUCAUUGACAAUUAUAAAACUCAGGUAGAUAUUCCAAGAAACAAUGUAUUACGUUCAAUUUGCUGGACUGAUAAAUUAAAACAUUUCAUUACAUUUCCGAAAGUAUAUUUAAACAAGUUUUCCAUAAGUACAGAAAAUAGAGUAUAAAAUGCAUGUUCCCAUAUUUUGAUAUUUAAUUG